AUGGGUGGUGAGAUAGGAAGAGGGUGGUGUGCAAUUGUGAUCUUGAGUGCACUUGUGUUAGCAACAAGAUGUGAUAACAUGUGUGAUUUAUACCAAGGGAGUUGGGUGUACGAUGAGUCGUAUCCUAUGUACGAUUCGACGAAAUGCCCGCAUAUCCGAAAGGAAUACGAUUGCAUCAAGUACGGUCGCCCCGAUCUCACCUACCUCAAAUUCAGAUGGCAACCCACCAAUUGCCCCUUGCCCAGAUUUGAUGGCGAAGAAUUCUUAAGAAAAAUGAGCGGAAAAAAGAUAAUGUACGUUGGCGAUUCAGUAAGCGUAAAUCAGUGGCAAUCAAUGGUUUGCCUUCUUCAUGCUGCAUUGCCAUCUCAAUCCAACAUAACUGAUGAAACUAUCAACUCAACUAGAACCGUCACGUACCAGGAUUACGGAGUUUCGAUUUCGGUUUUCUUAUCUCAUUACUUGGUAGACAUUGUUGAUGAGAAAAUUGGACGGGUUAUGAGACUUGAUUCCAUCGCAGACGGAGAUAUAUGGAAAGAGAACGAUGUUUUGAUCUUUAAUACUUGGCUUUGGUGGUAUCGUAGCGGAGAUAAACAACCAUGGGAUUAUAUUGAAACAGAUAAUAAAAUACUGAAGGACAUGGAUAGAAUGGCUGCUUUUCGCGAGGGUUUGAAGACUUGGGCGAAUUGGGUCGAUUCAGAUGUGAACACACUAAAAACGACCGUGUUUUUCCAAGGAGUUUCGCCGUCUCAUUACAAUGGGGUAGAAUGGAACGAGAAGGGGGUGACAAACUGUGCAAAAGAAAGGCUUCCGAUGAGUGGAUCAACAUACCCAGGUGGCAUCCCGAUGGCAGAGACGGUGGUGGAGCAGGUGUUAAGUGGUGUUAGAAAACCAGUGUCAUUACUCAACAUAACAAGAUUGUCUCAAUUGAGAAAAGAUGGGCAUCCAAGCAAUUUCAAUGCCUUCAAAGGGAUGGAUUGCACACACUGGUGUGUAGCUGGGGUUCCUGAUACGUGGAACCAACUUCUAUCUGCUGCUCUUAUUUGAAGCCCAUUUUUG